UAUAGCACUUUGUGACGUCUGCUGAUGUAAAAAGGGCUUUAUUAAUACAUUUGAUUGAUUGAUUGAUGACGUCUCUGCAAUGUUGUAUUUUCUUUAGCGUAUUUCAUGUUGUUAAUGUAUUAUGCUCAAUUGUAACCUGACCUCAUGAGCCUACCUAGAAAUAAGUUGAUGUAACCAGUGUCAGAGACCCAAUAUGUUGUUGUUUACUUAGCUAGAGCUUAGCAUUAUCGUUGUUGAGCGGAAAACAAUGGGGAAAGGAUCCUUGUUACCAUGACCCAAAUAGCGUUUGUAAAGCACCUCAAAGUAACUCUAAACCUGACAUUUUUCUUAAGAUGUAAAUUGGCUCCCAGCCCCAGGAGGUUAAAGGGUCAGACUUACACAUCGACUUGCCAGGUCGCAGUUGUAAAUGAGAACUUGUUCUCAACUGGCUUACCUGGUUAAAUAAAGGUGAAAUAAAAAAAUUAAAUAGGAUUGUCUACCGUUCACCAGCAGAGUAUUUAGCACCUCUGAACAGAGUCCGGCCGAAGUUCGUACGUAUACUCCAGACCAGUAGGUGGCAGACGCUUUCCUUUCUUACUCCCAAAAGGGGAACCGGACGAUCAGAUGUUGCAAUGCCAGGGGGGAGUGAAGAAAAGCUUUAUCAGCUUUAUUAGGCCUUUCGUUGAUUGAGGAGGAAAAGAAAAGACUAAGACGAAAGAUUUGUCAAGUGCAGAAAAUGAGUUGUCAUUGAUACUGCAGCGACUGACUCAAGGUGCAUAUCCAAACCUUUGCUGUGAGCUGGAAUCACAUGAAAUGUCUGAUUUUCAAGAAUUUUGUCCAACUCUUUCCUGAGCAGUUCCACAAAGAGUGGGUCACUCCACACAUCGAGGCAGAAUACAAACUACAGGGAUUGCAUCUCAGUGGGGGAACGUCUCAUGAUAACGAUGCGCUUCUUGGCAGCGGAGGAAACUUCACGGUUCCGAAGCUGCUCCCAGAAUCCAACAUGGCAUUUGGAGUUCUAGGUGUGUUCCUGGGUCUACUACUCGAGGUCUCUACACAUGGACCCCACAGCGUGCCCCGGACCUCCUGGAAACAUGAAGAGCUCAAAUUUGUGGAAUUUUCUGAGCCGGGAAUCUUCAACUAUUCCACUCUGUUGCUGAGUGAGGAUAAGGAUGUGCUCUACGUUGGCGCGAGGGAGGCCAUCUUUGAACUCAGCAUGACCAAUGUGUCAAUCAAGAACAACAAGGUUCAAUGGAAGGUCCCAGAAACCCAUAUGACGAUGUGCAUCUUAAAAGGAAAAUCUAAAGAGACUGACUGUCUAAACUACAUCCGGGUGUUACAAGUGUUGGAUGACAACAGACUGUAUGUCUGUGGGACACAUGCUUUUCAGCCGGUCUGUCACUACCUGUCCCUAAAGGAUUUCAGUCUGGAGGGUCCAUCGGAGGACGGGAGAGGGAAGUGUUCUUUUGACCCAUCUCAGAGUUUCACUACGGUCAUGGUUGAUGGAGAACUUUACUCUGGAACAUCAUAUAACUUCCUAGGAAGUGAACCGAUCAUCUCCAGAUAUUCUCUUUCACAAAGUCUGUUACGAACAGAGUAUUCAACAUCUUGGCUCAAUGAGCCCAGUUUUGUUUUUGCUGAUGUCAUCCGAGAGGGGAAGAACAGUGCAGAUGGCGAGGACGAUAAGAUCUACUACUUCUUUACCGAGGUGUCUGUGGAGUACGAGUUCUUUGGCAAGCUUCUCAUCCCCAGGAUAGCACGUGUCUGUAAGGGUGAUCUAGGUGGCCAGCGGACGCUACAGAAGAAAUGGACCAGUUUCCUGAAGGCCAAACUGGUGUGUUCCAUGCCAGAACUAAACUUUGUCUUCAAUGUGGUCCAUGACGUGUUCAUACUGAAGGCUCCUGACUGGAGAGAGACAGUCAUCUAUGGCGUCUUCACAUCCCAGUGGGGUAAUGUAGGCCUGUCUGCGGUGUGUGCCUAUAACAUGUCAUCAGUAGAUGAGGUCUUCUCUAAGGGGAAGUACAUGCAGAAAGCCACAGUGGAACAGUCACACACCAAGUGGGUGAGGUACAACGGUAUCACCCCCACCCCUCGCCCAGGAGCUUGCAUCAACAACCAUAACCGUCUCCAGAACAUCAACAACUCUCUCCACCUGCCUGAUAAGACACUACAGUUUGUAAAGGACCAUCCUCUACUGGAGGACCCGGUCCUCCCCAUCGGCAACAGGCCCAAACUCAUCACCAAGGAUGUCAACUACACCCAGAUCGCCGUGGAGAGGGUACAGGCCCUGGACAACAAUGUGUAUGAUGUCAUAUUCACUGGGACAGAUAAAGGAGUCCUGCACAAAUCAGUGUUGUAUGAAGGAGAGGUCCAUACAGUGGAAGAGAUCCAGCUACUCCACAACUCUGAGCCUAUCAAGACCUUGCUUCUGUCAUCACAAGGGACGAGAUCCCUGUAUGCUGGCUCUGACUCGGGGGUGGUGCAGUCUCCUACUGCGUUCUGUGACAAGUACCUUGCCUGUUCAGACUGCAUCUUGACCCGGGACCCUUACUGUGCCUGGGACCCAGACACCUCCGCCUGUGUCAACAUCUUCCACACCCAGGGCCUCACACACCGGAACUUGAUCCAGAGCCUUAACGGUGAUGCAGACAAGUGUCCCUCAGUGCCUGGCCUUGCUGUGGAGGGCUACCAGCGUGUGACUGUUAAACCAGGGAGCUCAGCAAAGCUGCCGUGCCUCAUUCAGUCCAAUCUGGCCAUGGUGGUCUGGAAGGUGAACGGAAAAACCCUGACCGAGGCCUCCAAGUUCUACCUGAUAGGGGAGACGGGUCUGCUCAUCUACAGCGUGGCCCCAGAGGACCAGGGCCUGUACGAGUGCUGGUCCCUGGAGUGGGCCCCCGUGGCAGGAAAGAACUUCAGUAGCCUCCUGGCUGGAUAUGCCCUUGAUCUGGAUGUCCCCAGGAGGCCGUCACCCAGAGGCCACCUCCCUCAGUCCGCCAUCACCCUUAGCUCCGCCCACCCCAACCACCAGUCCACCGCCACCACUGAAGCCUUUUCCUCCACUGUUCCUCUUCUCUCUCCUGUUGACACCUCAUCAUCCCUGUCCACCUCAGGAAGUAGUCCCUCUCUCCCUCCUUCCUCCACUACCACUUCCUCCGAGGGGGUAGGGGUACGGCUGCUGCCCCCCUCCCUCCCGGACCAGGCUUGGGGGGUUCAGGCCCAGGAGGCCUUCCUGCUCUUCUGUGUGGCCUUGGGUCCCAGUGAUCUCCACAUUCACUGGCAGGUGAACGGUGCCCGCCUGGAGACACCCGUCACAGAGUACCGCCACCCCCUGAGGGGCCAGGGCCCUGAGGUGCUGGUGAGCAGCUGGGUGAGAGAGGGUGCCCUGGUCAAGGACUCCAGCUACCAGUGUGUCGCUGCGUCCAGCGUAGGAAAUGACGCGUCUAAAGUCGACCUCAACCUCAUCAGUAGCGAGGAAGACCGUAUUCCAUCCAGAGACAUGAGCCAAUGGAGGGGUGCCCUCUCAGAACAUGAAAAACUGCUAAAGAGGUGGAAAAGAACUUGGGAAAACUGUGAUGGACAAGGAGCUCUCUGAGGUGUGCCUGAGCUUUACUGUAAAUAUCUACGGUCAAUACUGCUCAAUAUCCAGGCUUCAGCCAAGGUGACCCUACCUGAUCUUGGUCCAAAGAUGUCACAUCAUGACGUUACAUGGCAAGUUUCUCGCCGUUGGACACCUGAAGCAAGGCUUCAACAUCAGGCUUCUGUUCUGCAGUGUUCACAUGUUGUGGCGGUAGCAUCAAAUAUAUUCUAUAAUGUUACAGGCCCUUGAUACAGGCUUUGGUAGUGUAUGUUUCUUCCCCCUGGCUGACUAAAUGGUGACUGGGCAGAUUGGUUGACUUUGAUGUUCACACUUUCUUUCUUUACUGUAGUAGCUGUGUUAAUCUGUCUUUCAUAGUGGUCAGCUGUUACAGAUGAGAUUGAGAUGUUUUGUUAAGAUUAAUAUAUUUUAAAGUAUGUGAAUAUAAGGUUUGUUUUGUUUUAUUGAGAUUACUAUGUUACCGGUAUGUCUAGAAUAUAUCCCCCUUGAUUUCUAAAUCAAAAGGAGAGUUGAUCUCUUUGUUUUGGCAUUACAGUGCAACAUAAUAUCAAUACCAGUACUUUACCGGAUUAACCAAAGAGUUUACUAUUAAAUUGUCAAUAAAUGCACACACAUCAAAGAGUGCACAGACAUAAAUGUAACCACAAAACAGAAAAGGUCUCCACUCCAUAGAGAAUUUCAAUAGUUUCAGAUUGCUGAAUAAAUGCAGUGUUGUAGCCAAUUAGUGAUUUCAGAUUACUUUAUUUUUGCCUACAGAUUACAAAUAUGUUUUCUACAUGCCAUUAUGUGGUCAGUUACGUUCCUAACUCUUGUCACUGUAUGUGGUCUGUUAAGCUCCUAACUCUUGUCACUGUAAUGUUUAAUUCCAUGUGUGGUUCGUAUGACAAAAUGUGUGAAAAUAAUACAAUUAAAUGUAACUUGAUGGUG